AUGUCUUUCCAAACUAUUCCCAGUAUCCCGGCGCCUAUCACGAACGGCACCUCUCAAUACCCAACAGGCAGUUCUCACAUUGAAAUAGGCAGGCCAUGGGAAGUCAUUGAAGAUGCGAGACUACUCAUCCACAUUGCUACUAUCGGCGACCUUCAAGUAGAACCAGAUUCCAACGAAUUUCUUGGCGACGUCAAUCAGGCGAAUUGGGAGUUCAUUGCAAACCGAAUGAUAGCUAAUGGAUAUGAGCGGACAAUACUGUCCUACCAAAGGAGAUGGCAGAUCCUCAAAAGUCACCUUCUAUUCAACUCUAGAUUGAUGCGGUACACACCUGUAGACGCCAGUCCCGCCAGCGAUGUGUGGGUUCUCACUCUGCGACUCUUCAGCAGUUUUCAGGACGAGUGUCACCAGAUUUUCCACAGAAAUGUCUCGUUACUCGGACAUCAAUUCCCGCUCUAUCACCCUCGCCAUCCAAGUGAUGGGUAA